GCACAGGCUUCCUCCUGCCCAUUAGAAUUCCCAGACUAAAGGAACACUCUGCUACAGCACUCUCACAGGGGCUGUGUCUGCCAACUAAUUGCUCAGGAAAUAAGCUGUAUCCAUUGUCAAGCUGUACUUAAAGCUGCCAAUUCUUAACUGUGAAAGCUGCUUUUCCUGGGCUGUUAAAGGAAAAGUAUAACCAGCCUAUAAGGAUUGGUGACUAAGGGGGCGAUGAAGAGAGGGACUGGGCGGGAUCACAGCUACUAAUAAUACCUCCUCACCCAAUGAAAAGCAUUUCCUAUUGAGACCCCCAACUAUUCCCCCUGCCCACAGAUCCUGCACAGACAUUGGGCCCAUUCUUGUGUCCUGUUUCCUUAAGACAUGAUGGCUGCAACAUUCAGCAGUUUUUUCUCUCUCCUAACAAAGGAAGAGAGAUAAGUGCUGGCAGCCUCGCGUGCUGAGGAUGACCGACAAUCGGUAAAAGGCUAAAGCAAGCAGGUUUUUCCAGAUGGGAAUAAACACAACUUCAGCAGAAAAGAAAUUGGAGAAAUAUGUGGACUGUCACAGAGAAGAAUCUAUGCUAAAUCUGCUACUUACCUAGCUGCCUGCAGGCAUGAUCUCUCAGCUAAACCUGAAGCUGGUGGGAUGGAAGGGACAAACGACAAAUACGUGCCAUCCGUUUCAAGCAACAUCAUUGGAAUGUGUUUCUUAAGGAAGGAAGAGCUUACUAACUUAUUUUAUGGAUGUCACUAAAUUCAGCUUUGAAGGGCUCCCAAAGCACAUCACAAACUUGGAAUGGGAAACCACAGCAAUAAUCAUACCUGCUUGAUAGAUGAUUCCUUUAAAUACAAUCUGUAUGGAGCAGUCUACAGUGUUGUGUUCAUCCUUGGCUUAAUCACGAACUGUGCCUCCCUACUUGUUUUCUGCUGUAGAAUGAAGAUGAGAAGUGAGACCGUCAUCAUUAUGACAAACCUAGCUGUUUCAGACUUGCUCUUUGUAUUCACGUUGCCUUUUAAAAUUUUUUACAAUUUUAACAGGCAUUGGCCUUUUGGAGACAGUUUGUGCAAGAUUUCAGGGACGGCGUUUCUCACCAACAUCUACGGAAGCAUGCUGUUUCUCACUUGCAUCAGUGUUGAUCGAUUCCUAGCUAUUGUUUACCCAUUCAGAUCUCGUACCAUUAGGACAAGAAGAAAUUCAGCCAUAGUGUGUGCUGGUGUUUGGAUACUGGUUUUAAGUGGUGGAAUUUCAGCUUCGUUGUUCUCUACAACCAACAUCUCCAACACUAGCACAACCUGCUUUGAGGGUUUUUCCAAACGUAUCUGGAAGACCUAUUUGUCUAAGAUCACUAUAUUUAUUGAAGUAGUAGGAUUCAUCAUUCCUUUACUACUCAACCUUACAUGCUCUUCAUUGGUUCUGAGGACUCUUCGGAAACCAGCUACAUUAUCUCAGAUUGGGACAAACAAAGAGAAAGUAUUGAAGAUGAUCAUCGUUCAUGUGGCCAUUUUUGUAGUAUGCUUUGUGCCUUACAAUUCCAUACUCUUCUUGUAUGCUCUGGUGAGAUCGCAAGCCAUAGCAAACUGCUCCCUGGAGAGAUUUGCUAGGACAAUGUACCCAAUCACAUUGUGCAUUGCAACACUGAACUGCUGCUUUGACCCAUUUAUCUAUUACUUCACAUCAGAAUCUUUCCAAAAGUCUUUCAACAUAAAACCCCAAAUAAAAAUGGAUUCCCUCUUCAAGACUGACACCCCUCUCACGAAGCCUACUGCACUGCCAGCAAUACAGGAGGAAAUGGGUGACCAGGCGAUUACGAAUGGGGGAGAUCCAACAUCUGAAUCUCAUUUCUAAGGGGUUGUCUACCCAUGGAGUUACCCAUGGAUUAACUCUGUGUGUAGUCCAUUUUAUUCCACAAGAAACUGGCUCAUAUAGAGUUAGGAUAUGAAGAGACAUCACAUUUGUCCUGGGAGAAACCAUUUUCUUCUGGGACAAAAAGCAAUUGUUCAGACAUCCUUGUUCGUUGUCCUGGGACAGGCUCUAAAAAAGUUCACAGAAUAACACUUAGGGCAUCACACAGUGCAUCUGAAUGGUUGUUUUAGGAUUGCAUCAUUGGAUCAGUGACAGAAAAGAAGCAGUGCAUUCAGCUGCUCAGCCUUGAUUGUAAGGGCUGUUUGUAUACAUACCAAUCCCACAACUUCUGUUCUGGGACAGAAACUGGCACUGCUGAUCCCAGGACAAAUAAAACAUCUAGCCUUAAACAAAAACAGUUAUCCUAGCCUUCCUAGCCUUAAACAUUCCUAACCUUAAACAAAAAAGUUAUCCAGGAACAGAUAAUCAAAGAUAACUACAUGGGUAGAUAAGACCUAACACUGGGAUUUCCUUACUAGGUGCAACAGACUCUUCAGUGUUUAGAGCUCAGUGUAUUUAAAUCUAGCUAGAUCUCUCUUUGGAGACUAUGCCUUGUUGAAAAUUCAUGUACCAGCCAAGGAGGAAUUGAGAUGAUUCUUGUAUUGGAAGAUGCCAGCAUUUGGCAUUUUCCCCCUCUAGCAUUAGACAUGCGACAGUCAGGAAAUAUAAAUCUUUAUCUUUUUACUUUAGAGAUCUCCAUCAAUUUUCCCUGUCUUAUGAAAAGUACAUCACCCUAUAUUAGCUCAAUAAUUUCACACGUAUAUGUACGUUUGCUUAAAGAGGUAUAAUAAAAGCUUUUAGCUUUUUCUUAUUUUACUACAAGCGUAUAUUCUGGAUAUACUAAAUGCAGGAGUUUUUAAGCAUACUAUUAUCUAAAGUUGAAAAAGUAGAUACAGAUUGGGUUGGAGCUUAAUUAGUUCUUCUGUGAAUUACAAGUAAUGGUUAUUUGUUACUACUAAUAAUGGGGAAGAGCAAAAAAUGAAGCAACUUGCACAGUCCCCUAAAAGAUGCUGUAUUCUUUUGAGCUGCAUGAUUAAGCUACCUUGUAAUUUAUUUUAACACUGCAUUAAAUGCCAACUGUAGACAGAAAAGAGCACAUUACAGAUUUGUUAAGGCUGGCGUUUCUGUACCCCAAGAAAUUACAAGUGAAAAUAGUUUAGUCCUUAUCUGCACAAACUCAGGUCAAAUAAAAGGCCUGUCAGACAAUAUCUCUGGCAGUUUGGUCUAAGAAAAGAUUGAAGAGCCAUAAUAUUUUGAUACAUACUUAAGAAUUUGCAUGCAUAUUGGCAAGAGGCAUAAUAGACCCUGAUGUAGCAGAGGAACCUAUGAGCAAUUUCUUUUCUGUAGGUUACAAGGCAGGGUCUUUUGCUAAGUGAGAGCAUCCUGGCUACUUCUUAAACAAGCAGAAGCUUCUAAGGCAGCAGCAUUAAUUUCCCUGUCAGGUAAAGCAACGUGUUUUCUUGUUUUGCAAUUAAUUUAUUACACGUGUUGCAGUUCUUCAUGCAAAGGGAGAAAUCCCUUGUAAAGUGAGGUCUGUUAACUAGCUGGAAACUAAUGCAUGCUACUGAGGAGUUCAGCCCUGCAGCUGCUAUGCAGACAGAAGGCCUAUUAACUUCAGUGGGAGUUGAAUAGCAGUGGGAUCAGACUCUGAGGCAUUCCUUCCUAGAUGGAAGAUGCACAGGCAGCAGAGGUUGGGUGUAACCCAA